AUGCCAGAAACUGGAAACAAUAAAUAUUUAACUGAAAAAGUCUUAGGAUAUACCCCAACUAAAGAUGAAAUAAAAUAUUAUCAUAAAACUGGGGAAAAAUCUAUAAGAUAUAUAUUUUGCAAUCAAGAGUUAGACGAAUUUGAAAAAGAAAAAGUUCAAGGAUUAAAAAAUUAUAUAAAUAAUGCAAUUAUUAAAGAAACAGAAUUGGCCAAAGAUUCUAAAUCUUCAUAUCCUCAACGCACAUAUGAUGAUAUAUUUAAAAACACCGUUUUUAGUGAUGAUAAUUAUGUGCUACGAUUUUUGCAAGGGAACGAAUUUGUUUAUGAUAAAUGCUACGUUGACAUGCUCAGACAUUUAAAGUGGAGAGAUGAAAAUCUUCCAGUAAAUCGGGAAGAUAUUAAGGAUAUUAUAAACAACGGAUAUAUUUAUGUUCAUGGAAGAGAUAAAAAUAUGCAUCCAAUUAUUGUCAUCAAUUGCAAACGCUUCAUUACAGUUAACACGAAAGACGUUUUAAAGGUUGCUUAUUACUGGCUGGAAUUUAUUAUAUCAAAUUUAUUUGUUGAGGGAAAGGUAGAACAAUGGCGAGUUAUCAUAGAUUUAUCAUCAUGCAAUGUUUUAAAUAUUCCUAUAACAACAUUAAAGGAGAUAUCUCAAAGUUUAAGCUGUAAUUAUAGGUCAAGAUUGUCGAAAAUGCUUGUUUUGAGUGCACCUUUCUUUAUAUCCGGAAUGUGGCAUAUGCUUAAAUCUAUCAUACCCUACAAUACCCAAAAAAAAAUUUCUAUCACCUCUUCAGAAAUUGAUAAAAAAUUGCUCGAACAAGUUGACCCAGAUCAGUUAGAGAAAAAAUUUGGAGGAACAUGUGAGAAUACAACAAUUUUUUCAGAACCAACUCUUCCAUAA